AUGAGAAUCUUGAAAUCUAACGGUUUAGCUCCAGAUAUUCCAGAAGAUUUAUACUAUUUGAUUAAGAAGGCUGUCUCUGUUAGAAAGCAUUUAGAAAGAAACAGAAAGGAUAAGGAUGCUAAAUUCAGAUUAAUUUUAAUCGAAUCUAGAAUUCACAGAUUGGCUAGAUACUACAGAACCGUUUCUGUUUUACCACCAAAUUGGAAAUACGAAUCCGCCACUGCCUCCGCUUUGGUUAACUAG